AGCACUUGGUCUUUUUUAGUGCAUUUUCUGGAAGAUACAACAUUGAAUUUAAUUUCUGAAUUUUUAAAUAAAAACUUGGAAGCCCAAUCCAACAUGUCCACGAGGUGGUACCCCAUUUACCAGCGCGGAAAUCCGCAACUGCGAGUUUUCCUUCCUAACUUCUGGAUGAAGUUGAUUCGGCCCACGGAGGAGCAGCCCCCAAAUGUGGUCACCUUUUCGGUUUCAAUGGAAAUGACCAAGUAUGAUGUGCGUAGCUACCUAGAGAAGAUUUAUAAACUGCCAGUAGUGGAUGUUCGCACACGAAUUGCCUUAGGAGAGACCAAGAGAGAUCAGACUUACGGAUACAUCACCAAGAAAGACGAUGUAAAACUUGCUUAUGUAACAUUGCCCCGUGAAGAGUCUUUCGUUUUCCCCGACUUCUUCGCGGAAAAGGCUGAGAAACAGGCCAAAGAAGAAAAGUCCCUAGAUGAAUCUAAAGCCGGUUUCCGCAAAUUUUUGGACAGAAAUAAGAAGCGACCCGGCACGCCAGGCUGGUUUUCCAUUUAAUUGUUAGUUCAUAGCAUAAGAUUUCUGUUGUUUCAACGGGUAAUUAAACAUUUAUUUCGAAAGUCCGAAUUAACACAAA